UUGAAUUGGACUUGGAUUCAUAGUAUACAAAACCUCGCGGAAGCCGCACGCCGUCGAAGCUAGUCGGGAGUCGCGGAUUCUUUUCUAUUACUUGUUGUGUUCUGUGCUUCGUUCUUCUUCUUCCUUUGGAUUUAGAUUUUGCUGUUAUGGCGAACAUCGACGAGGCUGGGCCUUCUCAGCAGCUUCCUAAUUCCUUCGACAAUGAACCCUCGGAGGCUCUCAUGGAAAAGACUUCGAAGAUAUUGAACCAUUUUGUUGCCUCCAAGGAUCAAGUGUACAAAUUUGAUGGUAACUUGUCUGGUGAAGAACGGUCAGCAGUGGAUCGAUUAUGCCACCUUAUGGGGUUAGGUGUAAGAUUUUGUGGAACAGGGGAUGAACUGAAAAUAUGUGUUUACAAAGUGGAGAACGGGGCCCCAGAUCAGGUUCAGGUUAUCACGUCAAGGAAAAGGAAGAGGAGAGAGGAGCCAGAGUCAUGUAGCCAUAGGAAAGCAAUUAAUGUUGAGUUCAACAGGAUCUCCCAAGCAUUAGAAAAUUUUUUAGCUUCAAAUAAUGAAGUGUACAAUUUUGAAACUAAAUUGUCGCAUCAAGAAUGUCAAUUAGUGUCCCAAUUAUGUGAAAAAAUGGGUUUUAAAUAUACACUUUCUUGGCAUGGGAUUAAACAGCAAGUAUCUAUCCGCAAAACAAAAAAAGUGGUUGACAACACUACUUUGUCUGAGAUUCUUCCUCAUGUCACAUGUUCUGAAGUAUCAGAUCAGGGUGACAUGUUGAAGAACUCUCAAAAGGAAGAGGAGCCAGAGCCACCUCAGCAUCAGGAUAACAUUGAUAUUGAAUCCAAAAGGGCUCUGUUUUCCCAGAUAUUGGAAAAAUUUUUAGCAUCAGAAGAUAAAGUGUACAAUUUUGAAGAUGAAUUGUCCACUAAAGAACGUGCCCUAGUGGUGAAAUUAUCCCAAAAAAUGGGGCUUAAUUGGAGAUUUUCUGGGCGUGGGAUUAGAAAGAAAGCAUCUGUUCACAAAACCAAAAAGGAGGUUGACACCACUAAGAAACAAAAGAAGCUAGGGCCACCUCAGCCUAAAAAAUUGAAAAGGACUCAGAUUUUCCAGGCGUUAGAAAAUUUUUUAGCAUCAAAAGAUGAAGUGUACAAAUUUGAAGCUAACUUGUCUCCUGAAGAAUGUGUUGCAGUGAAUCAAUUAUCCCAGAAAAUGGGGCUUAGAGUUGAAAAUUCAGGGAGUUGGAUUAAACACAAAGUAUCUGUUCACAAAAUAAAAGAGGAGAUUCAUGCCACUACCGAGUCAGAGAAUCUUCCUUGUUUCACAUUUUCUGAAGAAUCAAAGAAAGUGUUAUGUGGUUCAUCACCUUGUUAUGAACAUCGGGGAGAGAUGAUUGGAAAAUAUGGUGAUACUACUUACAGCACAGAAUCAAAGGAAGAUGAUAUUUUCAGCAGGCCUUGUAUGAGCAAACAUGAAAUUACUAAGAAAUUGGAGAACCUUUCUGCCAAAAUGAAGAACCUCCCUGACUUGAAACUGAUCAGUGAGAAGAAAUCUAAGCUUCCAAUUGCAUCCUUCAAAGGUGUCAUUACAUCAACUGUUGAAUCUCACCAGGUGGUUAUCAUAUGUGGUGAGACCGGUUGUGGGAAGACCACUCAGGUCCCACAAUAUAUUUUGGAUCAUAUGUGGGGUAACGGUGAGGUCUGCAAAAUAGUUUGUGCUCAGCCUAGACGGAUCUAUGUAACUUCAGUUAGUGAGAGAAUCUCCACUGAGAGAGGAGAGAAUAUUGGACAGAGUGUUGGAUACAAGAUGCAGUUGGAAAGCAGAGGUGGAAGGCAAUCAUCAAUUGUGCUGUGUACUACUGGAGUUCUAUUGAAGUUUUUGGUUUCUAAAGGUUCUCAUAUCUUUAAGAGACAGUCUGCAAAGGAUGACAUUUCUAGCAUUAGUCACAUAAUUAUGGAUGAAAUUCAUGAAAGGGACAGAUACUCAGACGUCAUGUUGGCAAUCCUCAGAGAGAUGCUCCCUUCAAAUCCCCACCUACGUCUGAUACUGAUGAGUGCUAAUGUUGAUGCUGCAAGAUUUUCUCAAUAUUUUGGUGUCUGCCCAAUUAUCUAUGUUCCGGGGUUCACAUAUCCGGUUAAAACUUACUACUUGGAGGAUGUACUUUCGAUUGUAAAAUCUGGAGCAGAUAAUCAUCUUGAUGAUAACCAUGAACUUAGUGAGGAAGAAAAGCUUUCUCUAGAUGAAGCCAUUAAUUUGGCUUUGUAUAAUGAUGAGUGGUGCUCCCUGUUAGAGUUUGUUUCUUCAAAAGCUAGUCCAAAGGUCUUAAAUUAUCAGCAUUCAUUAACUGGCCUCAGUCCAUUAAUGGUGUUUGCUGGAAAAGGUAAAGUGGGUGAUAUGUGCAUGCUCUUAUCUUUAGGGGCAAAGUGUCAUUUAAGGGGCAAAGAUGGAUUGACUGCACUGGAGAUUGCUGAGAAGGGAAACCAUCAAGAAGCUGCUGAAUUGCUGAAGAAACACAUGGAUAAUGAUUUUUGCAACAACAAAAGGAACAAUUUACUGGAUAAAAAUUUUGCAACAGUCAACCCUAAAGUUAUUGACGUUGUUCUGAUAGAGCAGCUGAUAAUAAAAAUAUGUGUUGAUUCACAAGAUGGAGGUAUCCUUGUUUUGCUUCCAGGUAGGGAUGAAAUCACUAGAACUCGUGAAAGAUUGCUUGCAUCCCCAUUUUUUGGUAACACAUCGAAGUUUAGGGUCAUAUCUCUGCAUUCAAUGGCUCGAUCCAUUAAGCAAAGGAAGGUUUAUAUGUGUGCAACAUCUGCUUACCGCAAAAUUGUGCUCUCUACCAAUAUUGCUGAAACUGCUGUCAGUAUUGAUGAUAUAGUAUAUGUUAUAGACACUGGGCUUGUGAAAGAAAAAAGUUAUGAGCCUUAUAGUAAUGUGUUAACACUUCAAUCAUCUUGGAUUUCAAAGGCAAGUGCUAGCCAACGGGAGGCACUUGCUGGUCACUGUCAACCUGGAGUUUGUUAUCAUCUAUAUUCAAAGGUUCAAGCUGCUUCCUUGCCAGAUUUUCAGGUCCCUGAAAUUAAGAGAAUGCCUAUUGAGGAGCUGUGUCUGCAGGUAAAGUUGCUUGAUCCAAGCUGCAAAAUAGAAGAGUUUCUGAGCCGAACAUUAGAUCCUCCGGGUGUUGAGUCUAUACAAAAUGCUGUUGGAGUUCUUAAAGAGAUUGGGGCAUUGUCAGUUGGUGAACAACUCACCCAGCUAGGAAAGAAGCUUGGCUCUCUUGCUGUUCCUCUAUCAACAAGCAGGAUGCUUCUUUUUUCCAUAUUGACGAAUUGCCUUGAUCCAGCAUUAACUCUUGCAUGUGUGUCUGAGUAUAAAGACCCAUUUAAGCAUCCACUUUUACCUGAUGAAAAGGAGAUAGCUGCAGCUGCCAGAUCCGAGUUUGCUUCUUUAUAUGGGGGUUGUGGUGACCAGUUUGCUGUAAUAGCAGCAUUUGAAUGCUGGCAAAAUUCAAAGAGAAUGGGUCUAGACUCGCGAUUUUGUUAUCAGUACUUUGUCUCUCCAAAAACUAUGUUCAUUUUACUUGGCAUGCGUAGGAAAUUAGCAGCAGAACUAUCUCGGAAUGGGCUUAUUCACAAUGAUAUUUCAUAUUAUUGCUCAAAUGCCCAUGACCCUGGUAUUCUUCAAGCAGUUCUGGUAGCAUGGAUGUAUCCAAAUGUUGGGAAAUUGCUUUUACCAAAUGAAAGGGCAAAGAAGUAUAUUGUUAAAACUAAAAGUGGAGAUAAUGUUCGCUUGAAUAGUCUCUCCUUAAAUUCUAAGUUUUCAUUUAAGAAAGGGUAUGAUUGCUCUUUAGUGGUACAUGAUGAGAUUACUUGCAGUGACUGGGGCAUGUGCAUUAGGAACUGUACUGUUGUUGGACUACUUCCAUUUUUCCUGCUUUCCAAAGAGAUUGCUGUUACUCCAGCAAUGGAUUAUAAAGAGGGAGAUGAGGUUAUCUCUUCUCCUGAUAAUAUUGUUAGAGUAACCGUAGAUCGGUGGCUUGAUUUUGAGUCAACAAUACUUGAUGCAUCUCAGAUUUUCUACUUGAGAGAGCGAUUAUCAGCAGCAAUUUUAUCUAAAGUGACUCAUUCAAAGCAUUUUCUUCCUACUGAUCUACGGGUUGCUAUGGAUGCCUUAGCUUGUGUUCUGUCUUGUGAUGGGCUUUCAGGCAUACCACAGACCUCAGCUUGUGUUAACACACUGACUACCACUAUAAAUGCAACUGAUCCAGAAGGAUUCCAAAUAGAGCUUACAAAUCAAGAUGCACACAAGACCAAUCCUUCUAAAGUUAAUGAGUCAGCAUCCGAGGCCAUUGAAAAUCCAAAUAAGCAAACUUGUCAGAAUGCUCCAAUAGAUUUGGCUUGCUCUAUCUCAAUGAAGCAAACAGAUAAAAAUCCAGAAGGAUCCCCUACAAAGCUUAUAAAUCAUGAUGACAUGCCUUCUUCUAGACCUAGCAUAUCCACAUCCAAGGGUGCAGAAAAUCCUUGCGAUCCACCAAAUCAGAGCACUGCAAUAGGUUCAGCUUGCUCAAUCCAGCCAGCACAUAUAAAUGAUGUUGCAACCAUGAUUGACGUGUCUUCUCCUAAAGAUAGCAGAUCUGCUUCCAAGUGCCUAGAAAACCCAAAUCGAGUAAGGUGGAGUUCUUCUAAAGGGGGGUGCUAUCGAAUGGUUGCAGUUGGGUGGACCUUUCCUGAAGUGGGAUGGAUGAAAGCUAAUACAGACGGGUCUUAUAAGGAACGAGAAUAUCUUGCUGCCUCUGGAGGAGUUUUUCGGGAUGACACAGGUUCUUGGUGCUUUGGUUUUGUACAAAAUCAUGGAGUCAUAUGCGGAUCAUCGGAUGAGGCUAAAGCUAUUGGUAAUUACGGUAUUACAUUGAGUGAGCUGUGGGGUAUACUGGCUGCCCUCAAGCUUGCUAGGGAGAGGGGCAUUUCGCAGCUGUGGGUUGAGACUGAUUGUGCUAUUGCAUUGGAGUUUGUUUUGAAUAGAUCGGGGUUGAAUAUUGAUGUUUUGGCCCCUGUCGUCCAGUCCAUAUUAGAUGAGAUGAUGAAGGAAGAUUGCACGGUUCGACUUUCCCAUUGUUAUCGUGAAGGAAACAAAGUUGCUGACUGGUUGGCUCACUAUGCACAAUCUACUGAGCUGGGUCUUCAUGUGCUUCGUGCCCCUCCUCCUGAUUGUGUCAAAUUCGUAAAAAAUGAUAUUUCUGGAGUUUUUAAACUCCGUGCUGUACGUGCCGGUUCUCGUGCUGAUUUGAAAGUGUGAAAAAGCUAAUAUUGAGUAUUUAUGGAUAGUUAAGAUUAGUCUUAAUGGAAAAUUAUUUUGGUUGGGAUUAAUUCCUCUCACACUCGUCCCUUGUAUAAUAUUUUUGUAUUUACCAGAAAUUUUUGCUAGGAAAUCUAACAACGUUUUUCUGCCGGAUGAUUAAUUCUCCCACCCUUUAGUUUGUUGAGCAAACAUGGAAAUGAGAUUCAGCCUGAAGAUAACCCAUGGGAUUAAGCCAGCACGGAAACGAGUCUUGUGGCUUUUUCAAAUUGAUAAAUUCAUUAAGAGUCUGGAGACAGAAAUCAAGAUCUUUUAAUUUGUGGGGCCUACCAUAUCUGUAAGGCUCAUAACAGGACUUUUAUUGUUUGUGGGAUUCAAAUUGUCUUCACUUUAGGCGAGAAUUGGACUUUUAAUUUAUUUUUCGCGAUAAAAUAGUUUGAGCUAAUUUUUAUACAAUUUUUUCUUCUUUUUAAAUUUAACAUUUUCUCUUCAAUCUUUAUAUUCAAUUUUUUUCUUUCUAUUAUACUUAACUCUCUUUUUUUUUAACCUCAUAUAUAAUUUCUCUCUUCUUUUUUUCAUUCUCACUUUAUCCAAUACAUAUCUCUCUUUUUUUUGUACUCAACUCUUCACUUUCAUUUUCUUUCACUGCCAUUACUAUACCACUCACUCUCUUUGUCUACAUCUAUUCUUAGUCUUCUCUUUUUUUUACACUUAGCCUUUAUAUAUUCAAAUAUGCAAAAUUUGUUUAAGCUAAAAUAAUUCGCUUAAGCGAAUAUGCACAAUUUGGUUAAGCCAGAAAAAUUAGCUUAAAUUAAUUUUGCAAAAAAAUUUUAGGAGCGGAGGAAGAGGAAAGUAAAGAGUUGAGUAUAGAGAAAAGAAAGAGAAAUAGGUAUUGGGUGAGGUGAGAAUGAGAAGAGGAGGGGAGGAGUUAGGUAUGAGAAAGAAAAUAAAGUUAGGAAGGAAAGAGAAGAGUUAGGUAUAAAAGAAAAAAGAAGGUUGAAUAUGGAGGUUAAGGAGAAAAUGUUAGGAGGUUUAGCGAGAACGAGAAGAGAAGAUUGAAUGAAAAUUAAAGUUCUCUGUCUAUUUUUCACUUAAGCUUAUUAUUUUUGCUGAAGCCUUCUUUUUUUUUUUUUUUCCCGCUUAA